AUGUCAAUCCACCAACGCCCAAGAGAGCCCCUCGUGGCCAUAAUGGGCACAACAGGCACUGGCAAGUCAGACCUGGCAAUUGACCUUGCAGUCAGGUUUGAUGGAGAAAUCAUCAAUGCCGAUGCUAUGCAGAUGUACAAGGGUCUGCCUAUCAUCACCAACCAGAUUGCAGCUGAUGAGCAGCGCGGCAUUCCGCACCAUCUCCUCGCAACUGUGGAUAUCCAUCAGCCCACCUGGACCGUCGGCGUUUUUGCUAGAGAAGCAGCCAAACUCAUCCGCGAGAUCCGUAGCAGAGGCAAACUGCCCAUCCUCGUCGGCGGCACUCACUACUACAUCAGCUCCCUUUUGUUCGCCAACAGCUUGGUCGAGUCAGCGGACGACGACGCAGCGUCAAGCUACACUUCGCAGACACAGAUUGAGCAGCAGCAUCCGAUUCUUAGUGGGCCGACUGACUUGAUGCUGAAACGCCUCCGAGAGGUCGACCCUGUUAUGGGUGCUCGUUGGCACCCCGAUGACAGGCGCAAGAUCAAGCGCAGUCUCGAAAUCUUCCUCACCACUGGCCGAAGAGCCUCGGAAAUCUACGAGGAGCAGCAGAGAGCCAAGGAAGCUUCCGGAUCAACAGAUCAGUCAUGGGAUGCCCUGAUGUUUUGGGUGUAUUCUGAACCAGAUGUCCUUAGAGAACGCCUCAACAAGCGCGUUGACAAAAUGGAGCAGAACGGGUUGAUGGGCGAAGUGAGAGUGCUACAUCAACAUCUUCUCGCCAAAUCCGCUGCCGGGGAAGAGGUCGAUCGUACGCGAGGGAUCUGGCAGUCCAUCGGCUUCAAGCAGUUCGAACCAUUCCUUGUCGCCGAAAAGGACGGUGCCAGUUUGGAAGACCUAGACAAGCUGAAAGCUGAAAGUAUGGAGUUGACCAAGAUUGCUACACGACAGUAUGCCCGGUAUCAACUCAGGUGGCUCCGUGGCAAAACAAUCCCCGAACUCAAGGAGAACGGCGCCAUGAACUUCCUGUAUCUUCUGGAUAGCUCAGACGCAGCAAGCCUCGCAGAUAACGUCUUGACUCCAGCCGCGAGGAUCACCGAAACAUAUCUUCACGGCCAUCCACUACCGGAACCCGUCAGUAUCUCUCUGCAAGCAAGCAAUGUUCUUUCAACAUUAAACAACGAGGCCGGAGCACCGAAGCCGAGAUACGAGCCAAGGCUCUGCGAUAUCUGCAACAUGACGCUCCAGACAGAGGACCAGUGGACCAAGCAUGUCAAUGGUCAACGACACCGACGCGGCUUGAAGCAUAAGGCGCGGACAGCCCUUGUGGCUAUUCAUCGACCGGGAGCAGCCCAGCACAAAGGGGAUGACCUUAUCUCUCAUGGAUGA